ACCAAAUGGGUCUGGGCGCCUUCCAAGUUUCUACCUGCGUUUGACAUGCCAUGACAAUGAUCUGCUUUAUGCAUACAGAUGGGCCCGAAAAGAACUUCCUGACGAGAACCUCCCAGGGGACUCCGUGAUGCCGCACGUUCGGAGGAAAGGGAAACGCUUUAGCUCUCCAUCCUGGCAAGCGAUCAUAGCCACACCUGACUGGUCUACUGCUCGCCCGAGUAGGUCACAACGAUGACCAUCAUUGACAACGUGUGCUUAUGCAUGUCAUUGCUGACUGCAGGUUGGAUCGCGUACCUCUUCCCAAUUUCCACUGCCCACGAUCGACCUAUCCACCUCGUCGUUUUUGCCUUACUGGCCGGUUCGUUCGCUUUACCGAGUGCAAGCAAGGCCAUACCUAGACUAUAUCAAUCGCCUGAGUCCAACAAGGGCCGUUAUGCAGCCCUACCUUUGGAAGAACUUGGACGCGCAAUAGAAAGGUUAGGACCUGAAGAGGCGGAUGGCCGAGAUAAUAGGAAGGUCAAGGUCUCAUUACUCUCGGCGACGAUUGCGGUUCUAUCGGUGCGCAUUGAGUUGUACCGUCGAAUUUCAGGAGCACCAGAAUGCACGAUCGACAGCGUGGCGGUAUUCCUCCCGUUCACGCUCGCAUUGUACGAUGCAGUUCGAUCCCAACGCUCGCUAGCACUGAAGUAUGAAGAGCGUCCCGACAGCAGUGUAUACGAAUCCUUGCGUAUGAUGAUUGGCAAAAGGGUACAUGGGCCCCGGACGAGAUAUCUACUCCCACUGUUUCUCGUGUCAUACGGCUGCUAUCUCGUUCAAGGACUCUGGGUUUCUUCUAACUCCACCUUCAUAUGUCCUCUUGUGACUGGUGAACAACGGACAGUCCCGACAAUGCAGGUUGUGGCGCUGCUCUUGGAUUUAUGCCUUGCCAUCAUCAUUUAUGAGACGGCACCAAAGGCCGAUGGUCGCGGACUUUCAGGUCGGAGAUGUGUGGUGCUAUGGAGUUCAGCAAUGUUUGCCACGGUGUUAAUAUGGUCGGUCGUGGCCACGAUUGUGUAUACUUUCAAGCCGGAUUACAGGACAUGGUUGUUAUUACUGGAACCGACGUUGGAUUCUAGCACCUUAUUCGCCAUUUCGGGAAACGUUCUCCUUUUCUGUCUCUUAUGCAUUACGACACUGCAUUGUAUUACGACUCACGGCACUUUGGAUAUGUCGGUCUACUUUACGGCGUUAAUGACUAUGAUACCCGGAUUCGAGUUUAUUUGGUCUCACAAAAACCCAUUUCCUCCGACACCAACCUCAACAUCGACCUGGUCUUUCAUUCUUGUGGCUGUUGGGUGGAGGGUAUAUCGCCACAUUCAACAAGCACUGCGCGAGAAGAGUCCGAUACCGCUUUCUCGCCAGGCACUACUAUUUAUUGUGUUCGGUAUCCUGCUAUUACCUCCCUGGGGCAAAAGAGACUAUGUUCAUUUUCACCCCAUUGACAUGCUCAUCUACGACGCACAACUCCACCACCAGCAGUACCUUGAAACAGUAGGAAACACUGGUUCGCUGGCCGAUACCGUCAACCAGUACAAAGAAAAGCACGGGCGCAAUCCUCCUCCCAGAUUCGAUAAAUGGCUUGAGUACGCACAAAAUAGAUCCGCGCUAAUCGUCGACGAAUUCGACCAAAUCUAUGAAGACCUGCUGCCUUUUCGCACGAUACCGCCUGCCGACCUCAGGCGACAUACCUGGGAAAUGGUAUCCAAUCCGUGGAACGAGAUAUCAGGGAUCACGAUUCGUAAUGGAAACGCGGCAGUUCAGGAAAAUGUGCUCCCUACGCAUCGAUGGAUGCUCGAAGGUGUUGCGAUACUCAUCAACAGUUUUGCCCAAUAUCUGCCUGAUAUGGAUUUGGCAUUCAAUCUCAAUGACGAGUCGAGGGUGGCGGUGCCAUACAAAGAUCUCCAGCACCUGCGAGAGCAAGGCCGUUCGUUAGACAAAAGUGGUGGUGGAAGUUGGUCCAACGACCGCGCGGCCGGAUGGUUGCCAAUUCCAGAGCAAGAAUUCACUGAAUCAAUAUUCCACGACUCGGCAUUUCGAAACACAUUCCGAAAGUUUGGCUCUAUAGGAUGCAAACCCUCGUCGCUUGCUCGGAGAUAUCCUCAUAUUUCGUCCCGGUCACACAUUUGCGGCGCGUGUGUCGCUCCACAUUCGCUUGGGCAGUUCCUGGCCAACUGGACAGACGCCGCAGACAUCUGCCAUCAGCCGGACCUGGCACAACUUCACGGCUUCUAUAUGUCGCCUGCAGCCUUCAAGACGUCGUAUCAGCUGAUGCCGGUGUUUUCUCAGUCAAAGCCCCAUGGUUAUAAUGACAUUUUGUACCCGUCAGCCUGGAACUACAUGGACAAAGUCGUCUAUGCUCCUAGCGAGGAGAAAGGCACUCCUGGUGAAGAGGGUUACCAGCCGGGGUAUCCCGACGCGCCUUUCGAAGAAAAGGAAAACGUCCUGUUCUGGCGCGGAGCAACCUCAGAGGGCGUCGCUUCGGGCAACCACGCCUGGCGCGGCAUGACUCGGCAAAGGCUUGUACAUAUGGCCGAUAACCUCACUACGGCGUCCCACGAUCGAUUUGCCGUCCUCCUACCCAAUCCCGACAACUACGCAAAAUACAAGUACCAGAUCCUGCCUGGCCCCGCGGCCAAGGAGUUGGGACUCAAGACUGACAUUGCGAUUGUGGAUUCCAUUGCCCGCUGCGGCGGUGUCGGUCUGCAUGAUUGCACCGACCAAGAAGGCGAGUUUGGACUGGUCGGGCCCUCGGAUUUCCAAGCCCACUGGCGACAUCGAUUCUUGUUCGAUAUGGAUGGGGCGGGCUUUUCGGGCCGUUUUUUACCGUUUCUGCAGUCGAGGUCAUUGCCGUUCAAGACGGCGCUGUUUAGGGAAUGGUACGACAGUCGACUUACUGCGUGGUUGCAUUUCGUGCCCCAGGAUUUGAGGUUGCAUGGGAUGUGGAGCACACUUGCUUACUUUGCGGGUGUGAAUGGGACGAUGACUGGACAUCAAAUCCGCUGGAACCCGCAUCUCAAGGAGGGUGAGAUGAUUGCUGAGGCUGGACGGGAGUGGGCGGGGAGGGUGCUUAGGAAAGAAGAUAUGGAGUUGUACUUUUUCAGGCUGUUGCUUGAAUGGGGACGGUUGACGGAUGACAAUAGGGAUGAGCUGGGGUUUGUGCUGCCUGGCAGCUGAAACGUAUAUAAGAACAGCGUGUAGUAUAUAUAAGACAUAUUGCUUG